AUUGAUCAUUGAGAAAUUGAUGUUGCCAUUUAAUGCUAAUAAACAUUCCCUGCAUCUGAUGAACCUAUAAUCUGUGAAUCUCUUUGCUCCUCCCUUCCAAACAAUGACAAUGUACUUUAACCUCCUCUGCACAUGGAACUAACUAGAGGCGAGCUGGUAACAUUCAAAAGGCAGUUGAAAGGUUUUAACAUCAUCCGUUUGGCACACCGGAAACAUGGAUAUUCCUGGCUGCAUAAACACCAGGGGAUGGGUUUACCCAACAGUUCUCCUCUGCUUCUAUGGCUUCUUCACCUUCCUCAGACCCUCAGAGCCUUUCCUCACUCCAUACCUUACAGGACCGGACCACAAUCUGACUAUAGAGCAGGUGACAAACUCGGUGUUCCCAGUAUGGACGUACAGUUAUCUCGCCAUUCUAUUCCCCGUGUUCCUGCUCACUGACUACCUGAGAUACAAACCAGUCAUAAUCUUGCAGGGACUUUGUUAUAUCGUUGUGUGGGUUCUUCUGCUGUUUGCUGAGGGAGUCUCAGCCAUGCAAGGAAUGGAGUUUGUCUAUGGCAUGGUCACUGCUACAGAAAUAGCCUAUUAUGCCUACAUCUAUAGCGUGGUUGAUGCUGAACAUUACCAGAAGGUCACCAGCUACUGCAGGAGUGUAACAUUAGUGGGGUUUACAGUUGCCGCUGUGCUUGGACAAGUCUUGGUGUCGUUGGCUGAAGUGUCAUAUUUCUAUCUCAAUGUCAUUACAUUGGCCUCAGUUUCUGUGGCUUUUGUAGCCUCCAUAUUUCUCCCAAUGCCUAGUAAGACCAUGUUCUUCCACAAAAGGAUGGAAAAAGAACCUGUUCAAGAGGCAUCCAGGGAGCCCACACCACAGAAUGAUGAGGAUGUGGAGAAGGAGAAGAAGGACACAACCAACAAUCACUUUUUCAAGGUCCUAUGGCUGCUCUGUAAAGACCUGAAGCAUUGUUAUUCCUCAAAGGAGCUCAUCUACUGGUCUUUGUGGUGGGCUCUUGCAACAGCCGGAUACAACCAAGUAGUAAAUUAUGUGCAGGUUUUGUGGGAACACGUUGAACCUGCUCAAAACGCAACUGUAUACAAUGGAGGUGUAGAAGCUGUUUCGACAUUUCUAGGAGCACUAGCCUCUUUUGUGGUUGGUUAUGUUAAAGUGAACUGGGAAGUUUCCGGAGAACUGGCGCUUGCCAUUUUCUCAGCAGUGGAUGCGGGAUCCCUAUUCCUUAUGGAUUACAGCAUUAACAUCUGGAUGUGCUAUGCGGGGUACCUGAUAUUCAAGUCAUCAUACAUGCUCCUCAUCACCAUUGCUACGUUUCAAAUUGCUGUUAAUCUGAGCAUGGAACGAUAUGCUCUAAUGUUUGGGGUUAACACCUUUGUGGCACUGGCUCUUCAGACCAUCCUGACACUAAUUGUGGUUGAUCCGCGAGGCCUGGCACUGGACAUUGUUACUCAGUUUUUGGUGUACGGAUGCUACUUUGCAGUUAUCACGGGAAUUUUCUUUGUAAGAAGCAUUUACAUCUUAAUAUCUCUAUACUGCCAGAAGUCAGAAGAAACUACAAAGGAGCAGACACAAUUUUAGAGACAUCCAUCUAUUACAAACACUAAGCAAGCUCUCUGUUAUUCAAGGAACAUGUUUCAGGCAGAGUUGGACUGGGCCGGUGGGACACAGAGGAAAAAACCCAGUGGGCCCCGCCAAUACAGACUUGCUCCCUGCCCUGAGCACUGCACUUUUACCUCAACCCUGGCCCUGAUUGCCGCCACAACACAAUAAAAUAAAGUACAUGGGGGGGGGGGUCUGGGCACAGUACAGAGGGGAAGUUGUGGCUGGGGGCAAGGAGCCUGGGAGCUGGGCCACAGUCCUCCCAGUCCAAUGCUGGUUUCAUUGCAAUUGGAAUGAUCAUCAUACUUGACAAUAACACCAACUCUGGAGUGUAGGCUGUGGAUCAGUUGGGGAUCAGGGUCUUCUCACUGUUGUUACUUGUGUCCAUGUACAUAAGAGAUACCAUAAAAUCUAAGUAAUAUUUGUAAAAUAAAUUGCAAUUUUUAGCAAUGA